AGUUAUUUUCACACACCGCCGCCAGCGAAAGAUGGCCCUGAUCACCGGGCUGUUCGCCUUCCUUUACCACCUACCUCAGAUUUACAAAUGGCUGCUGAAGCCGUAUUACGUCGCCUCCUUCCUCAUGACCAUCGCCUUCCUCGUGGUUCGCAAGGCUCCGGGGAUCUGUGAGCACCUGGCGAGCCAGCGGGAGGACGGCAACUCGUGCGACUUUGACUGGAGAGAGGUAGAGAUUCUCAUGUUUCUCAGCGCGAUUGUGAUGAUGAAGAAUAGGAGAGCCAUCACCUUGGAGCAGCAUAUAGGCAACCUUUUCCUUUUCAGUAAAGUGGCCAAUGUCAUCCUCUUCUUUCGCCUGGACAUCCGGCUUGGAAUCCUCUACCUCACCCUGUGCGUCGCUUUUGUCAUGACCUGUAAACCCCCUCUGUACAUGGGCCCAGAGUACAUCAAGUACUUCAGUGACAAGACCAUAGACGAGGAGCUGCAGAGGGACAGUCGCAUCACCUGGAUUGUUGAAUUUUACGCCAACUGGUCCUCCGAGUGUCAGUCCUUCGCUCCCGUCUUCGCCGAUCUUUCACUCAAGUACAAUUGUGCGAGUCUCCGAUUUGGGAAGGUGGAUGUAGGACGCUACGAAGAGGUCUCGCAGAGAUACAGGGUUAGCACUUCCCCUCUGGCUAAGCAGCUGCCCUCUCUGGUGCUUUUCCAAGGAGGACGGGAAAUCAUGCGACGCCCGAUGGUGGACAGCAAGGGCAGAGCCGUGUCCUGGACGUUCAACGAGGAAAAUAUCAUCCGAGAAUUCAACCUCAACGAGCUCUUCCAGAAGUCCAAGAAGUUGAACAAAGGUCGCGGUGACAAAGAAGAAGAGCAAAAUCUCUCUCAGCCGGCAGAGGGCAGCAGUGAGCUUCAGCCCGAGACCAUCCAACCAGAUCAGCCCAAAGAGAGCAAGAAAGACCAGUGAGGUGGACUGAGAAAAUUUGGUGAGGGGCAAGAAAUUGGUUCGGAUUUUUUUCGAUAUUGUCAUGCCUUACACUGUCCCCCAAAACCCUCGGGUUUGGAUAUUUAAUUUGCAACCUGGGAAACGGAGGGAAGGAGAGAGGACGCUAGUUGAGAUUCUACAUUAUGCAGUUAUUGUUUUUGUGAGUUCGGCAAGUAACCAGAACAGUUCACCGGCCAUUAGUGUGUGUGUGUGUGUGUGUGUGAAUCAGUAAUUUGAAUGCAGCAAAGCAGAUCGAUGUUCUUCGGUGACUUCUGACAACCUUAAGUCCUUCAUUGGGAAAUGCCUUUUUGUAUUCUAGCGCAUCUGUUGUUGCACACGUUGUGCCACAGAUUUUACAGUUGCAUAAUACAGUCUCAGUU